AUGGACAAAAUCGAUUUGUUUGGUCAACCAUCCAAUGGGGUUGAUUCAUAUUUGCAGGUCAUUCAUGAUUUUCAGAAAAAGAGGACAAAGGAGGAAUUGAAUAAUAGACACGCAUACAGAAAACUUAUCAUAGUCACUAUAGCUGAUAAGAUCUCAGUGCAAUUGUUGCUUGGUGCUUUCCUCAAGUUUUCCAUAGUGUCAGGUUUGGAAGCCAAUAUGAACAAAAGCAAUAUUUACUUUGGGGGUGUUUCUACUUCUGAGAAAGGUUAUAUUCUUGACACAGCAGAGAUAGUAGAAGGUAGCUUGCCAUUUAGAUACUUAGAAGUUCCUCUCUCUUCUAAAAAGCUCAACUACCAUCAAUGUAAGCCACUGGUUGAUAAGAUUUUAGCCAGGGCCAAGGUUUGGUCUGCUAAGUUUCUUUCUUAUGCAGGCAGGCUUAUUCUUAUUAAGACUAUCCUUUUUGGGAUGCAUACAUUUUGGUGCCAGAUUUUUAUACUCCCUAAGAGAAUUAUAAAAGAGGUUGAAGCUUUUUGCAGAAUUUUUCUAUGGACUGGUGACACUGUGAACUCAAAGAAAGCUCUUGUGGCAUGGGAAAGGUUGUAUAUGCCUAGGUCUUCAGGUGGUCGUAAUGUGAAAAACAUUUCUCUUUGGAAUAAAGUAGCAAUAGGCAAGCUUCUGUGGGCUUUGGCUUUCAAAAAAGAUAAGCUUUGGGUGCAGUGGAUUGACACUUUCUAUAUGAAAGGGCAAGAUCCUCUCCAGUUUGUUGCUCCUAUUUCUUGCUCCUGGGCUCUUAAAAGAUUUUUAACAGUAAGAAUUUCAUCUUACAGAUUGGUGAUUCGGCUAAGUCUGUGGCUAAAGGUAAAUAUUCUAUCAGCACAGUCUAUAGAAGUCUGCAAGAAGAGUACCCCAAGGUUGUAUACUACUGAUAGAAUUCAAGCAUGGGGGAUUGGUUGUUCUGAUAACUGUGUUUUGUGUUUUGGUGGGAAGGAGUCAGUGGAACAUCUGUUUUGA